AUGAAGGGUUUCACUUUCGCCACUGUCGCCGCUCUCGCUGCCACCACUUUCGCUGCCACUGUCACGCUCGAGCAGACUCCCUGCCUCCAGCCCAACGCUACCUCGCUUGACCAGUUCGAUGUCGAUGUCGACAAGCUCACCGUCAUCGACCUUGCCUCAGUCUGUGGCCUGAAGAUUGUCUCCGCUGAUGGCGUUGACAAGAGCAAAGUCUCGUGCCAGGCUUUCAAAGACGCCGAGGGCAAGGAGACGGGGUCCGCUAAAUUCACUGCCGACAAGAAUGCCAUGAUUGCCACCAACCCCGUCCAGGAGAAGGCCAUCCUCUGCGUCAGCGAGGGUGAUGUUACCAGCGCCCAGCCGACUACCUUUGCCGUUGUCUCUACCACCGCAUCUCUCGCUGCCCCUACUGGCGGUGCCUCUCCUUCUGGCAACAGCACCAGCAACCCCACCUCUCCCAGCCAGCCUUCUGCCUCCUCCACCAACCCCGCCGACCAGGGCGCUGCCAGCACCAUCGGCAUGAGCUUCGGCGCUCUCUCCGCCGCCGCCAUCGCCAUGCUCUUCUUGUAA